CCCUCCCUAUCUCCAGAUCCCCCUCCUGGGACCCCAAGCCCCCAGAACCCCAGACCCCAAGUCCCAGACCCCCAUCCAUGCCCCCCGUCCCCCGGGUCCCGGCUCUCACCCGGGCCAUGUGCCGCCGCGGGCUGUGGCUGCUCGGAGCGCUGUGGCUGCAGGUGGUCGCCCCCAGCGCCCCGCUGCCCCACGUGGAGCAGUACGAGGUGGUGUGGCCCCAGCGCCUGCCGGGGUCCCGGACCCGCCGAGCACCGCCCUCCGGCUUGGGCCUGCACCCAGAGAGCGUGAGUUACGUCCUCAGGACCCGGGGGCGCAACGUCACCCUGCACCUGCAGAAGAACAGGGACCUGGUGGCCUCGAGCUACACGGAGACCUACACAGCUGCCAAUGGCUCCCAGGUGACCCAGCCGCUGCAGGGGCAGGACCACUGCUUCUACCAGGGCCACGUGGAGGGGCAGCCACACUCCGCUGCCAGCCUCAGCACCUGUGACGGCCUCAGGGGCUUUUUCAGGGUGGGCUCAGACGUCCACCUGAUCGAGCCGCUGCCGGGAGGCGGGGAGGAGGGGCAGCACGCACUCUACGAGCCCCAGCACCUGCGGCAGGAGGCCGGGACCUGUGGGGUCAGCAACACCAGCCUGGACAGCCUCCUGAGCCUGCGGACCUCCGCCGCCUUCAGGCCCCGGAACGGACCACGGUCCCAAGAAAUCCGCUACGUGGAGCUGUAUAUGGUCACAGACAGCGCAGAGUUCCGGCGACUGGGGAGCACAGCGGCCGUGCGCAGGCGGGUGCUGGAGGUGGUGAACCACGUGGACAAGCUGUAUCAGGGGCUUGGCUUCCGGGUGGUCCUGGUGGGCCUGGAGAUGUGGACUGGCAAGGACGAGAUCGAGGUCAGCUCCAACGCCGAAACCACGCUGGACAACUUCCUGGCCUGGCGGACGCAGCGCCUGGUGGGGCGGCACGCCCACGACAACGCUCAGCUCAUCACCGGGAUCGACUUCAACGGCAACACUGUGGGGCUGGCCAAGGUGUCCACCAUGUGCUCCCGGCACUCAGGGGCUGUGAACCAGGACCACACCAAGGACCCCAUCGGCGUGGCGUGCACCAUGGCCCACGAGAUGGGCCACAACCUGGGCAUGAACCACGACGAGAAGGUCCCGGGCUGCUACUGCCCCUCGCCCCCCCGCGACGGCAAGUGCGUCAUGGCGGCCAGCAUCGGGUUCCCGUACCCCAAGGUGUUCAGCCAGUGCAGCCGGGCCGACCUGCAGACGUUCAUGGAAAACCUCCCGAAAACCUGCCUGGCCAACCAGCCCGACCUCGACCGCCUGGUGGGCGGGCCCGUGUGCGGGAACGGGUUCGUGGAGCGCGGGGAGCAGUGCGACUGCGGCCAGCCCCAGGACUGUCAGAACCGCUGCUGCAACGCCACCACCUGCCGGCUGGUCCACGGGGCCGAGUGUGCCCACGGCGCCUGCUGCCACGAGUGCAAGGUGAAGCCGGCCGGCGAGCUCUGCCGCCCCCGGAAGGACGCCUGUGACCUGGAGGAGCACUGUGACGGCCGCCAGCCGGCCUGCCCGGAGGACGCCUUCCAGGAGAACGGCACCGCCUGCGAGGGGGGCUACUGCUCCGGCGGGGUCUGCCCUACACGGCCCCAGCAGUGCCGGGACCUGUGGGGGCCAGGCAGCCGGGCCGCGGUGGAGCAGUGCUACGCCUACAGCCUCCUGCCGGGCUGCCGGAGCGGCGGCCCCGUCGGCUCUGCCGGGGCCCCGUGCGGCAUCCUGUUCUGUGAAGGUGGGCAGGUGCCCCGGGGGCGGAGCUCCUGCACCAUCUCCAACACUUGCCAGGCCCUGAGCCUGGAGGGCAGCCCCGAGUACGAGCGUGUGCUCGACGGCACCAAGUGCGGCCACCAGAGGGUCUGCUGGGGGGGGCUGUGCCAGGACCUGCACGUCUACAGAACCAGAAACUGCUCCGCCCAGUGCAGCGGCCGCGGGGUGUGCAACCACAAGGGGAAGUGCCACUGCAGGCCGGGCUGGGCCCCACCCCGCUGCGCGGAGCCAGUGGCAGAAGCUCGCACAGCGCCCGAGAGCCUCCUGGUGCCCGUGCUGGUGCCCAUGCUGCUCCUGCUGGCCCUGGGCCUCGCCCUGGCAGCUGUGGUUGCCUACCGCAAGGCCGGGAGCCGCAUCCGACGGAGCAGGAACAUGGCGCCCAAGACCACCAUGGGGCUCUCCAACCCCCUCUUCUACCAGGGGGCCAGCAGGCCAGCAAAGGGCACAGCUACGGCUGCCCCUGUAGGCCCCCCAGAGCUGGUCCCCACCACGCGCACCGCCCCCAGCCAGCCCUCCAGGCCCACAGCUUCUGCAGUGACCUCUAAGCGGCCACCCCCUGCUCCUCCCGCCACCAUGUCCAGCCCGCCCUUCCCAGUCCCUGUGUACACCCAGCAAUCCCCAGCACAGCUCCGACCUGCUCCUCCCUCCAAGCCCCUCCCGGAGCUGAAGCCCAGACAGGCGGUCAGGCCGACCUGCACGCCCCCCGUGCCACCAGUCAAGCCCCAGGCCCAAAGGGCCAACCCUGGACCCACUGAGGGAGCUGUUGGCCCAAAGGUCGCUCUGCAGCCCCCGGCCCAGAGGCGGUGAUGGCUGAGCUCAGAGCCUUGCGGGCAUCCUUAGCUGCAUCUUGGGUGCACCCGCCGCCUGCAUCCUGUUCCUGUUCAAUGAGCCCUAUGCCCUCCUCCACCGAGCCCGUCCCGCUUGGUUCACUGAGAAAUCACAGCAGAAGAGCCACUUCCUCGGGCCCAAGGUCCCGCUUUAGCACCCCAGGGUCACAGCCCAGGGCCUCUGGGUCAGGACUCUGCCUCCGUUCCUGACCUUCCCCGCGUGCUGGUCACGCUUCGCUACGCCGACGGGGCAGGGUCAGCCGCGGUGGCCUGUGCGGGCGUCUCCCGACGGCCAUGGCCUUCCCCAGCGUGCGGAGGAGGCUCCUGCACCCGCUCCCCGCCGCUCCGGGGCUCUCCAGGCGGAAGGCCCGUGCGUGUGCACUCGUCUGUGAGCCCACGCUUGUCGCAGGAAGACCCCGCCGCCGCGCCCAGGCUGCAAGCCCCUCCCUCUUCGGGGCCUGUUUCCCUGAUUCCCUGAUAUUUAAGAAGGAAAAGCUAGUUUUUACUAUUAAAUUAUUGAUCAACUUCUAAAGGACCGGAUGCAUUUUAUUGGAUGGAAGCCCGACAAGGUGGAAUUCAAUUUGUAGGAUUUAAGGGUCCAAUGCUUGUUAAAAUAAAACGUGCCCUGUAC